AUGACUAACCACCAAAGGCCCAUAAGCUCUGCCAGUGUCGAAGAGGGACGAGCCUCCGGCGGAGGACGAUAUCAGCUUCCAUUUAGUGACCUUCUAACGAAACCGGUCAGAUAUAAAAGUUCUAGUUAUCAGGAAAGUUACAAGAUGCCAAAAUACAUCGUAUAUCCCAGUAACAGCCAGUUAAACGAUAAUAAUGAUGUUGCAAUGGACCGAUUUGCACCUGGUGAAGCAUAUGGUGGGACAAUCUACAAAAUUUUAAAGCAAAAACAACAGGGAUAUCAAUACAAAAAGCCGGAUAAUCCUGCUUUAGACGACUCUUCCAGCCAAGCACCUCCGCCUCCUCCUCCACCUCCACCCACGAUGGCUUCACCUCCGAAAGUAACUCCUCCGCCACCACCCAUUAUCGUAGCACCUACUCCCGUUUCAAUGAGUGCCCCACCCAGUAUGGGUUCAGCACCAGUUCCACCCUCAGAUCUGAAUAAAUUUCCUCCGAACAGCGACGCCAACUAUCCCUCAUUCAUGAGCAAUCCACCAAGCUACGACAGCCCAAUAACCAGCUACCUUCCACCGGACUCCAAACCCAUGUCGAGCCCUUCAUCGAACCAAUACAUUCCUCCACCGGAUUUGUUCAACUUUCCCCCAAACAUUAACUCAAACUAUCUUCCGCCUCCAUCGAACGGACCGCCAAAGUUCAACGGGAUUUCCAGCUAUUUGCCACCUCCAGCGGGCCAAUUAUCAGAUUCGGGUUCACCACCGUCCGGUCCACCAUCGAAUGGUGACGACAUGGUCGGAACCAUCCCGGUUGGUGCCGAUAGUCCUCAAUAUCUGCCACCGAAAGGGCCGUACCUACCGCCUAGCGAUAUGAGCAUGGCAAUGCCUCAAAUGAUGGGCAUGCCUAUGCCUGGUCCACCUCCCAUGGUUCCUGGUCCUCCACCAGACCAUUCCUAUCCUUUCCACUUCAGUGACUACGAUCACCACCACCACCAUCCUCACCAUCAUGAUCACUAUCCGGAAUACAUUUACGAUGAUCAUGAUCAUCAUCACUUCCAUCAUGACGAAAUCAUGACGACAACUGCAGCGCCUCCACCACCACCACCCCCACCACCGCCGCCACCAGAGCCAGGCACUGCACGUGUUAAAAACUACAGUUACUACUAUAUCAGUCGAACGCUUUGGUAUGUCCCGCUCUACUUUACUCUGUACUUCUGCUUCUAUGUCCUGAUUUUGAUCCUGCGUUCCAUCGCGCGACACAAGGUCAAUAUUCCAAAUCAAUGGGUUGGAAGGUCUGGUUCAAGAACACUGGACGCCUUGCCACACAUGACGAACGCACAGAUGAUAGAAAAAGUUGACACCUUAACAAACUUUGUCAUGGGUCAGAUUGACGAUUUCAAGACAAAAUACAUUGGGUGA